UGAUGGGUGUGUUAGGUCAGGACCAUAGGGCUGCAACCAGGCACUCCGAAUGGCUCGAGAAGGUCUCAGUUCUACUCAGCCUCACCCCAGCAGGGCCAUGGUGUCAUCCUGAGAGCGCCGUGCCGGGGUCACCGACUCACGCCGGCGGAUGAUGAGAUGUACCAGCGGACGCGGGUGAUGGUGCUGGAGCCGGAGUCCCCCAACAUCAUGUUCAUCGAGAGCUACAGCACUCGCGGCUUCACCAUCAGCGGAGACGUGGUGGUGGGGCCCUGCGCCGUGCUGCCCCGCAGCAUCCUCCAGUGGAACGUUGGCUCCCACCGGGACAUCUCGUACGAGAGUCUGUCGCUGUUCCGGCUGCUGGAGCCCCAGAUAGAGAUCCUGGUGCUGGGCACAGGGGACAGGGUUGAGCGGCUCCACCCCGCCACGCUGAAGCAGAUGCGGGAGUGCGGGAUUGCUGUGGAGGUGCAGGACACGGCAAAUGCAUGUGCAACCUUCAACUUCCUAAUGAAUGAAAGGCGCUUGGUGGCUGCUGGGCUCAUCCCCCCGCGAGGCACCAACGGGAUGUAGGCACUGCGUGCCUUGCCCAUGGGCUGAGCAGUUCUUCCCCUGCCUGCCUGAAGCCCCCGAGGGUCACUGCUCUCAACUGAGAAACGCUGCAUAGUGAACUGUGGAGCUGCCGGCUGGGCAAUGGCUCUGCAAACAGGAGGGCUGUGAAAUACACGGGCCUAGCUCUUCCCUGCAGUCCCUGGCUUCUUGGCCUUCCUGCCCAAUGUGGGCUGGGGACCGUGGGGCACAGUACAAGGCCUUGCUGGCAGCACUGCUCCCACAGCCCUGCCAAGAUCAUGCCCCACACCUUGGCAGCAAGAAGUCUCACCUGAGGGAGGGUGAAGGCUGGUGGGGUGAGCUCUACACCCCCAGGCACAUCUGGGGCUCUACAAGGAAAAUAUAUGUAAAUAGGAAGUACAAGAAUUUGUGUGGUUAAUGCA